GCUAUGCUGCCGACCCACUGUUAUCCAUCCCUCAGGUCCAGAGGUUUAGUCAGGAGGUACAGCUUCCAGAGGCCCGAUCCUUCUAUGGGUUCCAGAUCCUCAUAGAGAACAUCCAUUCUGAGAUGUAUGGCAUGCUCAUCAACACUUACAUCAGGGACUCUGAGGAGAGGGAGCAUUUGUUCAAUGCCAUUCAGACUAUGCCGUGUGUGAGAAGGAAAGCAGACUGGGCGAUCCAGUGGAUCUCUGACACCAAAUCCACUUUCGGGGAGCGGAUUGUAGCGUUCGCUGCAGUGGAGGGCAUCUUCUUCUCAGGGUCGUUCGCUGCUAUUUAUUGGUUGAAGAAGAGAGGCCUGAUGCCUGGGCUCACCUACUCCAACGAGCUCAUCAGCAGAGACGAGGGCCUGCACUGUAACUUUGCCUGUCUGUUGUACAGCUACAUAGUGAAGAAACCGUCAGAGGACAGGGUGAAGGAUAUUAUCACCAAAGCUGUCAGCAUUGAGCAGGUGAGUCCGUGAAAUGAAUACUGUCUAUCAGAAGUAG